AUUCCAUUCAGUUCUAUGUCUAUGGUUGUAGCUACCACGGCAAUUUGUUACUUCAAAAACGUUCGAGGUCUUUAUAAUCCAUUAGGACACAUAUUUAUAUCAGCAACAUUUUAUACACUGCCUGUGGGGCAUAUUCUGGCCCUGUCCAUUGAGCUGAAAUGUUACCAAAGCAACGCUUUGACUGCGAAAGAACAUGGAUAGACGGGAAGAAUAACAGGUCGUAGCUUCACUGAUGCCAGAACAAACAUACAUAAUCAUUUAGCUUUUGCGAAAUAGGCCUAACAAAUUGUGCCAGGAAAAGUAGUUCUCCCUUUGGUGGAGAGGGAAAUGCAAGGAGCGAUAUAAUAGCUGAGAUGCAAUGAGACAUGUAUAUGUGGACAAUCAACGUUUUCCAGCCAGCUUUUAAUUAUGGAUACGACACUGAUAAGCCAUAUGCUCGUAAAUAAUUGGAUAAAUGACCAUAUGCGUCUCCUUUGGGUGGGUCAGUGCUACAUUUAGUUGUAAUGCUUUGUAAAUGUUAUGCACACAUAAAUACCAUAGUCAGACAUAAUGUUUAAUAAUAAUGUAGUAAAUAAUUAUAACUUUUUAAAAUGAAAAGGGUUAUGAUGCCAAAGUCACCCACGGGUACUUGUCUUGAAUGUCACAUGAUGGAAGCUUCGUCGUGGGUUUGAUGCUUGAUUGAAGAGCUGUGUCGUAUUCAGCUCACUCGAAUCCAGAACGUUGAUGAAGAAAAGUCUAUGGGUGCCAAUCUCUUCACCGUAGUUUUAUCCAAAAGAGGGACAUUAUUUGUGAUCUGCAUUUCGCAAAAGCUCACUUUGAUUUCGUUUAAUCAGUGAAGCUUCAUAGGCUAACCAUAUCCCCAGAGGCUGCCGCUGCCCAACUGCUGGCGCCAGGCUGAAGUGGAGUGCGCAACGAGUAUUGUCCUGUUGUGGGGCACUAAGUGCGCGACACAUCCACUGCUUCUCCGCGAGUCUGUAGACAAGUGUAGAGCGACGCGAGAGGAACAGUAUUGUAAGAAAAAUAGCGCUUUCCUCGACGAGACUUAUUUGUGAAGCUCCUCUUUCUGCCGGCGGCGCUUCCUGCAGUUGUGGAUGUGGUAUGACCCUGUGUGGCAGGAAGGUGUUGACAGUGCUAAGCAGCGUGUUCGCUGUGUGCGCCCUGGGCCUGCUGGGCAUCGCUGUCAGUACUGACUACUGGCUCUAUCUGGAGGAGGGCGUCAUCCUGCCCCUCAAUCAGAGCACUGAGUUACGCAUGUCCCUGCACUCGGGCCUCUGGAGGGUCUGCUUCACAGCUGGAGAUGAGAAGGGCCGUUGUUUCACCAUUGAGUAUGUGAUGCCCACCAACGUGCAGCUGACGUCGGAGUCUACAGUUAGUGUGCUGACUCCCGAGCCCAUCCUGUCUCCGUCUUGUGUCAUGGGACCCAUACAGUGGGAAAUCCAAUCAGCCAUCCAAGAGGCCCUACGCCACGACCCAGCACCUCCCGACACCCCUGCAGGCAAGACCUACGUUCCGGCGUCCGUCAGACCCCAGCUAAUGCUGUGGUACCAUACCUCGCUGAGUUCUGGCCAUCCCAGGGUCACCCAGACCACGGAGCUACUGACACGCAAGUUCUGGUGGUCAUUCCUAACAGCAGACGUCAGAGAUUACGUGCUUUCCUGUCCCGUCUGUGCAUGGGCAAAGAGCCCUCGCCAACUACCUACCGAGAUGAUCCGUUCAGCCACUCCCUUCCCCCUGGUGAGUCUCUUCUUCUUGUUCAUUGGUUUUGUCCUGAGCAAUAUCGGACAUAUCCGGCCCCACCGCACCAUCCUGGCCUUCAUCUCCGGAAUCUUCUUCAUCCUCUCAGGUCUGUCUCUGGUGGUGGGCCUGGUGUUGUACAUCUCCAGUAUUAAUGAUGAGAUGUUGAACAGGACCAAGACCAACGAGGCCUACUUCAGUUACCAGUAUGGCUGGUCCUUCGCUUUCGCUGCCAUCUCCUUUCUGCUCACUGAGACGGCCGGCGUCAUGUCCGUCUACCUGUUCAUGAAGCGCUACACGGCCGAGGAGAUGUACAGACCCCACCCGGGCUUAUACGGGCCGCGCCACAGCAACUGCUCCGACUACUCUGGUCAGUUCCUGCACCCGGACACCUGGGACCAGCACGGCCGCAGCCCCUCCAGCAUCUCCAGCGAAGCCUCGCUCCAGAUGAACCACUCUCUCCACUCCAACUACCCAGCGCUCCUCAAGUGUCCCGAGUAUGACCGCAUGUCCUCCUCACCAUGCUGAGGCCUGCGUGAAGCCCUGGAGCCUGGGCAGUGGGUUGUACACACAUCCCCAGGAAGGGAGAGUCUGACUGAGGUGGUAGACUAGGUUGUUCGGUCUAGAGGAGGGCGAUUGAGAGGGCUGAUGGGGAGGCGCCUAGGCUGCGUUUUAUGAGAGAGGGGGGGGCGUAUCUUUUUCCAUGUGUGUGACGACCUCUUUUGAAGUCCUCUUGUAGUACAGUUUUCUGAAUUUUGACACAUUUGGGAGAUGGCGACCCCCACAGCCGACCUUCCAUUUCUGGUUUUACUCAUAGUACAGUAGAAGUAGUGAUUCUCAAUCAGACCUUGUUCACCUUCGCCGUACAGUACGUUCUCCAUCUUGGUCAAUAUAGAAGCCGAUAUCUCCCCGGUAACCCUUCUGUCAACUGUAUAACUUGUAAGAUAAUAUACUAUAAGUGGGUAGAUUGAAAGUGAAACGUUUCUCUCUUUAUUAUCUAUUUAUUUUGACUGUGGGUUUAAUCAUCCCGUCAGAGAGCAGGAUGUUCAUUACACGUAAUUUAUCAAUUUAAAUCUUUUUUCUUUCAUCGUCCAUCUCACGCUCAGCACUGUUGUACUGUUAAUAAAGACAGAGAUAAUGUUUGUAUAUGUUUGAAUGGAAAGAAACCAGGGAGCUACUACUACAUCCAUGGAGUCCAAAUGGAGUCCCUGCAGAAUUACAGGAUGUACAUAAUGCAGUGAAAAGGGGGGGGGUGUAAAGGGAUGAUGAAGCUGAAGGAGAGAGAAAGGAGAAUAGUGUGUGUAUAGCCCCAGAACAUGGUUUGAUAGUCAUUGUGACCAUCAGAUAUGGAGAGCCAGUUUGAAUGUAAUGUAGCUGAUGAAGGAUGCAAAGUUGAUAUAAGCUGAUCCUGAUUUUGCUGUUAAUAGUGCACCAGGCACUUACUUAUACACUACUGGUCAAAAUGGUUUUUAUUUUGUUUUUACUAUUUUCUACAUUGUAGAAUAACAGUGAAGACAUCAAAACUAUGAAAUAUCAUAUACAGUAUGUAAUCAUGUAGUAACCAAAAUAUUUUAUAGUUGAGAUUCUUCAAAUAGCCACCCUUUGCUGAUGACAGCUUUGCACACUCUUAGCAUUCUCUCAACCAGCUUCACCUGGAAUGCUUUUCCAAACGUCUUGAAGGAGUUCCAACAUAUGCUGAGCACUUGUUGGCUGUUUUUCCUUCACUCUGCAGUAUGACUCAUCCCAAACAUCUCAAUUUGAUUGAGGUCGGGGGAUUGUGGAGGCCAGGUCAUCUGAUGCAGCACUCCAUCACUCUCCUUCUUGUUCAAAUAGUCCUUACACAGCCUGGAGGUGUGUUGGGUUAUUGUCCUGUUGAAAAACAAAUGAUAGUCCCACUAAGCCCAAACCAGAUGGGAUGGCGUAUCGCUGCAGAAUGCUGUGGUAGCCAUGUCUUAAAGUAAUGGACUGUUGUUUCUCUUUGCUUAUUUGAGCUGUUCUUGACAUAAUUGAGAGAAUGCCAAGAGUGUGCAAAGCUGUCAUCAAGGUAAAGGGUGGCUUUUUGAAGAAUCUCAAAUAUAAAAUAUAUAUUUUUUAACACUUUUGGUUACUACCUGAUUCCAUAUGUGUUAUUUCAUUGUUUUGAGGUCUUCACUAUUAUUCAACAAUGUAGAAAAUAUAAAAAAUAAAGAAAAACCCUUGAAUGAGAAGGUGUUCUAAAAUGUUUGGCCGGUAGUGUACCUGUAAAAUAAUCUGCUUUUUGGCAAUGGAGUAAAUCACUGGAAAUGUCAAAUGUAUACUUAAAACAAGUUUUCUAUCAGAUUGCAUAUGCAUAGUUACAUAGGGGGGUCAGGUAGCCUAGUGGUUAGAGAAUUGGGCCAGUAACCGAAAGGUUGCUAGAUCAAAUCCCCAAGCUGACAAGGUAGAAAUCUGUCGUUCUGCCCCUGAACAAGGCAGUUAACCCACUGUUCCUAGGCCAUCAUUGUAAAUAAGAAAUUGUUCUUAACUGACUUACCUAGAUAAAUAAAGGUUAAAUACAAAAUUAAAUAAAUGUAAGCAGUUUGUCUUUGGAUUGUUGUGUGUGUCCCAAAUGGCACCCCAUGGCCCUGGACAAAAGUAGUUUGCUAUGUAGGGAAUAGGGUGCCAUUAGGAAUUUGACAUUGAUUAAUUAAGGAGAGGCCCUGUUAGAAAAAAAUCUUACUGUGUUAAAUGUGACUAACUUGAAAAUACAUCUUGUCUCAUAUACAUAUAUUUAAGUUAUAGUAUUUAUGCCAUAGUAAGACCUCAUUAUUUGUUCAAUCUUUGUAUAUUUUUAAGUCAAUUAUCAAUCUAGAGGACACAACUAUUGUCGAUGUUCAAUGUUGUGACUGAUGUUAAUAUUGUUAAUAAAUAACAAUUACUAUGUU